UUGAUUUUGGCAAGGUGGGACUACGUUUCCCAGCAUGCUUUCCUCCCUGACAGCUGGCUCCUGAUUGGCUGUGGUUGGUUCUGGUUGCAACUCUGCAUGUGGCUGCUGCUGUGCUAAGAGGAAGGCAGGCUUUUGCUGGCAAUAGAUAUGCGUGUAUAUAGGGGGGAAAAGCAGUCCAUGGUAUUCAUAGAACACUUCUCCAGCACCACCUUUCCAAUGAGUUGAUUUUCUUCCUAUCAGCUUUCUUCGCUGCCAGACCUUUAUGACUGCAAUCCGAUAAAUGAUUGAGCCAAGACUUCACAAAAAAGACUUCUAAAAAAUUGGAUAGUAUAAUGGAUUUUGACUACUGAAUGCUUUCUGAGAUUUUCUUCCUAAAAUGCUUAUGAGUGAAUGCAGCUUUCUUCUUUAUUGAUCUAGUUCCUGACGUAAAAGGCACUUCUAACCUCCCCAUGCUGUCCAUUGAUAUGGAAAACAAGGAAAAUGGAUCUCUGGGCACAGAAAACUUGGUAGAGAAUGGAAGACCUCCAGAUCCUGCCGACUGGGCAGUUACAGAUGUGGUUAAUUAUUUCCGAACGGCGGGCUUUGAAGAACAAGCAAAUGCUUUUCAAGAACAGGAAAUCGAUGGAAAAUCUUUACUGUUGAUGACAAGGAACGAUGUGUUGACUGGACUUUCAUUAAAACUUGGACCUGCACUGAAGAUCUAUGAAUAUCACGUCAAGCCUCUACAGACACAGCAUCUCAAGAGUAGUUCUCUAUAAUGGAUUAUCCUGCUGGGACCAUGUUGUGUCUCUAUGGUUCAAAAUAAAUAAGCAACAUUGGUUUCCUAUUCAUGGACCUUUGUCAAAAGACAUUAUAUGUAUAUACAAAAUUUAAACCAAAUAGCACUGAUAAAAGUAUAUUUGUGUAUAUCCUAUUGGAUAGCUUUAGCAAUAUGCUGUAUGGUGACAAUUGAGCUGAUGGAGGAGUGGAAUUUCACAUUGUUCAGGUACAUGACCAGCUAAAUAUUCUUUUUCUAGAGAUGACUAUAUUAUAAAGAAAGGUAAGUAGAAAAGGAGAGUAAUACUACUUAAUAUGAAAGUCAAGCAGAAGCACUGUUUUUGUUUAUUUUUAAAAAUACUAUUUUAACUUAAAUAUGUUAGCCACUUGGCAAAUUCUAUUGGCCAAGACUCACUGAAACACAAUAUGCCCUUUCACAAUUCUCAACUAUUUCUGUGGUGCUUGGGGAGUAUUUCACAUUAAUUUGAAAAGAGGUUUUGUGUUUGGAUCAGCAUAAAGAGCUACUAAUGUGACUUAUCUUCUUUUGUAAUAUGAGCAAGAUAUCUUGAGUUGGCAAAAAAAAAAUAACCCACCAAUCCCUUUUGCAGAGCAGGCCUAUUUUUGAUUUUAUUAUGAUUUGUUCACAGCAUGUUGAAAUGUUUUAAACUGGCUCAGGCUGAGUAGGUUAACAUCUUUUGACAGCAGAAGAAGAUACAUUCAGGGGUUAUGGGAACCCUACAGUUGUUUGCAGAAUGUGCUAAUGUUCUUUGGAUUUUAAAGGGUCUUUGUGGGAGAUAGGUUUUUCACUGUUUGCAUUGCUUUAUGAGAAAGUUUGUUUUGCUCUUGUUCUAAUUUAUAACUUAUUUGCUAACAGUUUUGCUGAAUAGGUGCAAAAAAGAUUGUAAAUCUCUGCAUAUUUUUUAAGAUUGUCUUUUGUGGUGCUGUAACAAAUUAUUUUGCUAUGUGACUUGAUUCAUGAGCCGAACACAUGUUUCUGAAAAGUGAAAGAAUGUUCUUUUAUGACUGUGAAUCUCUGUGGAAGGAAGAAUCUAGUUCAAUCUGUUUUGACCAGUUCCUCUUCUUUUAAUUGAAAUUUUGUUCUGUCAACAAAGAUGUUGAUGUGUUUCAAUUCAA